CACCGCCUCUUUCUCUCAGUGAUUGGCCAGUAGACAGUUCCUACGGUAACCGACAACACACUUCUACUCUCCAGUCCUAAUGACAUCGCCUGCCUCAGAAUAGCAACUUUGAAGCGAGGGCACGGGGGCGGGCCUUGCAGCUUAUUACGCACGCGCAUUCCCUUCUCACUGAUUGGCGAGCGCCGUACGCUUUCUCCCUUGCUCCAAGAACCCCCUUAGCAACGGUCACUGUUGAGACGGAGGAAGACGCCCCCAGCGGAUUGGCUGCACCGGGCCUCUCUGCAGCGUAGAUUGGCUGAAGCGUCGAUAGAGGGCCAGGCCUUGGCAGCCGCUGCCGGAGAACCGGCUGUCCCAGAACCGAGGCAGGACAGAACCUGUGGUGCCCCGCGGCACAGAGGAGCGACAAGAUGAUCCGCCGGAAGUCCAGCCAAUUCCAGGGACUGAAAAUGCAGUCGGAGCUUGAACAGCACUACGAACUGCGGAGAGAACCCAAGAAAGACCUCAGAUCAUUGGAUGAAUCGGCCACGCGGAUGGGAACAGGUGUGCAUACCGCGUCGGGGACCGUGGCUUCAGUGAAUGCGGAUGAAGAUCCUGCAGCCAACUUGUUCCCGCCGCCACUGCCCCAGCCCCGGAUCUGCAUAUGGAAGUACCUGGACAUCCAUUCCAUGCACAGGCUGGAGAAGACAGCCAACGUUGAGGAGAUGAGGGAGGUGCUGGCCGAGCUGUUGGGGCUAGGCUCUCCUGCGCAGAGCCUUCGGGACGCCAUCACCCUGGACCUCUUCUCCCAUGCACUCAUCUUCUGCCGCCAACAAGGCUUCUCCCUGGAGCAGACAUCAACGGCUUGUGCCCUGCUCCAAGAUCUUCACAAGGCCUGUAUUGCAACCCCCUUGGGCAACGUGGAGGAAUGUUACCGCUACUUCACCAGUGUUCUUUUUUGCCAUGGAAUCAGGCGGCCCCCUUUCAGUAUCAACCUCUUUAAGGAGGAACAGCUGCUGGCCCUGGCAGAUUAUGUGGUCAACACCUACUUCCGCCACUUCAAGCUCUACAAAUACGUCUUCACACCCCAGGUGCGGCUGGAUCUAUCUUUGACUUACGUGGGGCUACAGGCACCCAAGCUCUGGCCAAAGGAUGAGACGGAGAAAGAAGAGGGCGAAGAGGUGGAGGAGCAGGCAGUCACCCCAGAGAAGGAGGAACCGGAAACAGUGGUCCAGCCAGAGCCAGAGCCAAGCCAGGUCUCCGUCCUCCGGGCCUACAUCAAGACCCAGAUGAACAAGGAACUGGAGCAGCUCCAACAACUGGUGGAGGAACGGCUCAAGGCCAGUGAGGAAAGGCUCGGCAGCAAGCUGACCGCACUCGAGCGGCCCCUCCAGCUACCUCCAGGCAAAGGCAAGAACAAGACCAAGUGACCCCCAGCGUCUUCCCCAAUAAAGGCCUGGACCAAAGUGGCCCUACCCCGCCCCCCUCCUGAGCACCUUCUGGGCUUCCCUGCCGAAGCCAGGCACCAGACACAGGACGCUGGCUCUCCCUGGUGUGUAGCAGGUUUUAUUGCAUACGUGGCACAGGCAGCAUGGAUAAGGCCAGGCAUGGCACUCUGGGUGGCUCUCUUCCACCUCAGCUCUGAUCUCAAAGCCCUGGCCAGUGGGGGUAGGUGUACAGGGCUGGUCUCUAUGAUAGUUUGAUCAGUGGCGGGCCUGGCCAGGCAUGGGGGGGGCCUGAGGCCAGAACCCAGAGGAGCUGGAAUGAUAAAAAUCCUCCUCCUGGAGAGUUCUGCUUCCUGGGAUUCCUCAGGGCUGAAGUACUAGCCCAGCACCAGCAUGGCCUCGUCUUCAGUGAUAGUAGCUGAGUCCCCCUCCUCUUCAGGGCCCAUCAUGGGAAAAGGCCCUGGGGGCCGGUGCUGGAAGAGGGCUGCCCGGUUCUGCUGCUCACCCUUCUUCACCCAGUGUCCAUAGAGCCGGAAGGCACAGCUGUCAAUGAGGCGCCGCACUGGCCGCAGCGCAUAAGGGUCCCUCAACAGUGCACUCUUGGUCAGCGGCCGUACACGGUGGGUGCUUAAGGCCACCCGUCCAGCAGCCAGCACUGUCCACACUGCCACCUGGGAAAGGGGGCAGUGUGAGCUCCACUGGCACAUCCACCACAAGAAGAAUCAUGGGACAGAGGAGCAGGCCCAGACCCUGACACUCUCAGGCUUACCCGGAACCGCUGGCGGGGGGUGAGGUUCCAGGGUUGGCUGCCUUCACAGCGCUCAAAGAAUGGGUGCUGUAGGGCUUGCUCAGCUGUCAGGCGCUCCUCAGGAUCCACCUGCAGCAGCUUCGAGAUCUACGGGAAAUGCCAGAGCAUGAGGGGCAGCUCUUGGGCCUCCCUCCUUGCCCUCUCAUGGCCCCAGCUCACCAGGUCUUUCACAGUGUCAGAACGGUCAUCCCACUCAGGUGAACUAAACUGGUACUGGCCCUCCAUGAUCAUGCGUAACAUCAGGAUCUGGCGUCGGUGCCAGAAUGGUGGUGAGCCAGCCAGGAGUGUGAACAAGAUCACCCCACAGGCCCAGCUGAGAAAGAGACCACAGGCAGGGAGGACUAGGUGAGCGAAUGUGUUGAAGGACACUACAUGAAGGAGGAGGGAAGGGGGAGACCAGAAACUCACAGAUCGACCUCCUUGCCGUAGCCUGGGUGGGUUUCAUCCAUGGAGCACUUAAGGAUCUCUGGUGCUAGAUACCCUGGAGUCCCACACAACUCUGGGGAGAGAGGCCUGAGAUUGAUGGGAUGUCACAGCCCCCUCAAGGACCCUUAACACCAGACCUCUGCUGGAGCCUCAACACCACCAGGGCCCCAAGUGUUCCCAUUCUGCUCCUGCCUGCCUUCUGCCAAGUCUCGAUAUUAGACCCUAGCCCUGCUGAACAAUUCAAGGACCCACCAAGGCUCCUGGUGGCCUUCCUGGGAAAACCUGAUUUUUAGAUUGACUUCAAGGUGCUAUCCAACUGUACCACUUGCCUCCCCCAACCCUCCAGCCAACCCACUCCUUACACAACUUUUUAUCAUGUUUUUACAUAUAUACACACAUAGAAAACAAAACUUAAAUCUUUUCUGCAUUCCUUUCUGCCCAAAUCUAUUCCUCCUCCUAUAAUCUCUACUGCGGUUAGUGGAACCACCACUCAACCAAGGGGAAUGAGUAGGAAUAUGGGAUUUCUUAAGGCACAUUCUGGGUAAAUUGUUUGUUUAAAACCCUUCCCUGGCUACCCAUCAUGGCCUCAGGAUCAAGUCUAGAUUCCUACAGCACAGAGCCCUCCAUGACUUGA